UCGAGCUCCAGCCGCUAGCCGAGAAUUUCACCGAAGUUCUAGUUUGGAACUACCCCGUUUUUCUUCCUCUGAAAGGUACUAGAACAUUCUGCUUUGAAUAACAGUGAAGUACAAUGUUUGCGGUGGCAACAUGAAGUAUUGUGCAGUUCCUACUUGUGGAAACAGCUCUUACAUCAAUUACAGAGGAAAGUCCAACAGGUGCAGUGUUCACAGCUGCAAUUAUGGCACUGGACCCUGCAAGUGUGAACCUCCCCUGCGAUUCUUCCCAUUUCCCACCAAGAAGGAUCUCAAGGGUCGAGAGCGAUGGACGAAGCUGAUCAAUCGUAAAUACCCAAAUGGGGAGAGCUGGCAGCCAGACCCGGCUGGACGGAGCACUGUCUGCUCAGCCCACUUCCCAGAUGGACAACCCACCAAACAGAACGCAGACCCUAUCCUGAAACUGGGCUAUGAACCUCCCACCGACCUGAUCAGACGACCUCAACCAACGCCACAUAAAAAGAAGAAAACAAAGAGUGAGUUGAAACCAGUGGAAAGAUGGCCUGUUCCACUCCUGACAGUCGAGCCCCAGGUAGUGCUGGCAUGCCCGUAUUCCACAAGUCCACAUCUUCCAAUCACGAACACAAGUACAACGAUGACGGCUAUCAUCCCCCAAACCAAACCCAAGCCCCGCCCACCCAAGAGGCUAUGCAUUGCCUGUCAGAACAUCUCAGAAAGUGGCCAGCGGGUCGUAAGUAACAGAGGUCGGCUUGACCUGCAGGAGUGCUUGAAACAGUACCUCAAUCUUGAGGUGGAGCAAGGUUGGAUGUGUAUCAACUGCGUCAGGCAAGUCAAGACCAUCGUCAAGAAAGUCAACAUGUUUCGAAGUUCAGUGUUGGCUGGACAGUGCAAUAGAACAUAUAAGGUCUCACAUGUAGGGGAGGAGAAUGAAGCAGUCAUUACAGAGACGCAGUCUGACACAAGCAACAAGCAUCAGACUUCGACAUCGGUCUGUCAGUGUUCCAGAUUGCUAACAUCGAUGCUUUCUAAACAAAACGUCUGUGAACCGAUGGAAAAGACCAGAAUCAGAGUCAUCUUUCCCACACCAGCCGGAGCCGCUGCCACAGACUCAGAGAGCGAGUCAAAUGAAGGUCUUCAAGAUUCAUCAAGCUCUGAGGAGGACGAUUUUCUUGAACAUCCAAGAAACAAAAAGCGCCGUACAGUUUCCAACAAGAGUAAAAAGGUUGUUGCGAAGACAUCAAGGCAAGGUAACACAUCAUCAAGUGUGUCACUUGAAACGCAAUGUGAAAAUGUUGCUGAACAUGAUCAGCAACUGGUGAACCAAAAUGAGGAAGAUUGUGAAGUGCCAUUGAGCUCAGGUAACACAGUGCAACCCCCUGAUGCUCAGCUACGGGUCAUUUUGUCUGGGCAAGUUUCAAGUGCAUCAGAUUUGUUGCUGACUCCAGUGACUUCGUCAAGGUGCAUCCAGCCUGCACCAAUCACUAUCUGUGCCCAGCCUACAGUCAGUGAUUCAUCCACACCAAUCAGUAGCCCUGGGAUACCUGUAGCUAUCCCAGCAUCUGAUGAUCAAACCCAUUUUGUCUUCACCAAAACUCUGAAUGAGCUGGCUAAGUAUGUAGCUAAGAAACCGAUUCAGGAACAUGAUUAUGCACACUGACAGAGAAAGCACGAUCCAUCACCUUGAAUCAUUCACAUUUUUUUCAGAUGUAACGGGGACAGGGGAACAAAUGAACCCAACAUUGAUAGAAUGACCCAUUCAUGUAUGUGGAGUGUCCACUGAAAUAUGACUAAGGCUGAAUCGUAAAGCUCUGUAUUUCCUUAAGAAUUGCUUUCUUGUAAUUCGUGGAUCUAUUUAUUUAAAUUUAAAUCAUUUGAAAACAAGUAAUGUGAAUGUUGAGUUACGUAUAUUUUGAAAUUAGUGAAGAAAUAUUGUAGCAUUAUGUGCAAAUAUCACUGUGGUUUCAGCUAGUGCUCAAUAUUGAAGCUUACUUUUGAGUUGUGGGAAAUUUAACAAAAAUCUAAAAUUCAAACACUACUUUAAGGGCGUUACACGUACUGUAUGUGUUAUUUUUCAAAAGCAGAUUUACAUGCAAACGUGUACUUUUUCAGUGUUAAAAAGAAUUUGUAAUCACAAUAGAGCGCCGUUGUUUUGUUUGUUUAUUUUUAUGAAAGUUUAUCAUUACGUAUUUCAGUGAUGCAAAUGUAGUUCACAUCCUGAGAUAUCAGAAGAUGAAUUUAUUGAAACAAAAUUUUGAAAAAAUGUAAUUGCCAACCUUAAGAUACAGAUUGUGCAUUGUAGAUCAUAUAGUCGUCGGAAGCUGAUAUUUUAUCCUAGUAUUUUUUUUUAUUGUGAGGCAGGGUGAGUAUGGUUUCUAUACGGUUACAAUCACACAUAGAAAGUUGUUGGAUGUCUAGAUUUAAUGUCAAAGAGUAAAGAAAUAUAUGUACAUGUAUGCCAGCAAAAACAAUUGUCUUAUGAAUAAAAACACUCUGGGAAAAGUGAA